ACACAAAAAUCAUUCUUCUCAUUACUAUUCUAUCUUUAAUUCUUACAACAUGGUAUCAGAGCAAUCUGUUCCAGUUUAGCUUAGCAGUAUUUUUCAGAAUCUCAUUUCAUGCCUCAGCCAGAACCUCAGUCCAAAAUCCACAGUUUCACAGAGCAUCACCUCCAUCCUAAGCAGUCACGCCUUUCACCGCCGACCUUACACUCGAAAUCCGCAGGCCACACACGCCGUCAGAGGACCUCACAGACCUAAUCGCAGACCCAAUCGCCGGAGAAUCCAUCGGAACUAUUUUCAAUUGAUGACCCGCCAAAGGAGGAGAUUUAUAGAGCUGCUAAUGAUGUCUGGCUUCGUGAUGAUUCUAGAUUAUUUAUCCAGAUUCAGAACUCCAUGGAGAAUGACGUCAUGGGGUAUGUUAGUCAUAAUAGUGUAGAAUUAAUUAAGCAUUAAUUAUUAGGUAGUUUCCUAAUUGUACUCAGAUACUUAUUUCUUAUAUAUACACUGUCAGGGCUACCAGUCUAGGUAAGCCUGUUAUUAUUUCUCACAUGGUAUCAAGAGCUAGGGUUAAUUAAUUUUUUUUCUCUCUUUUCCAUCUUCCGCCAUGAGCACGGCCGCCGCCAGCACCAAUACGGUUGCGCCGCCAGUCUCAUCUUCACAGACCGCCGUUUCCAUGCCUCCGUCAACAGUGAUGUCGACGGCACCGGCAAGUCUGCUUUUUGGUUCCUCCUCCGUGAUGCAGCAGUCUCUCUCCAGGCCUUUUCCGAUGAGCAGCGCACCGGACAUGUCCGCCUGGGUUCCGCCAACGUUCGACUGGUCACCGCCGACUCCUUCCCGGCAAUCAACUGUUUCGUUCUCCGAUCCGCAGGUCAUGGCAGACUCCUCCAGGGCACCGUUCGGUGGUGCCACCAUGGCUGGCCAACAAGGUUUGGCUCCUCCCGCAUCUCUCCGGGCGAUUGGACGUCCUCCUCCCUCCAUGGCAGUCGGUUCUCUUGAGUCUAUUGCUCAAUCUAUGGGAUUUUCAGCCCCCAACAUCACCAAUAUUGUCACUACCAAGCUUGAUGUUGUCGAAGAUUACCUUCCAUGGCGCACACAAUUCGAGUCCUUUCUGGUAUCUCAUGGAUUAAUGGGCAUUCUUGAUGGUACAAUUUCUCCUCCUCCUUCUACUACUUUUGAUAAUCUUCGGAGAGAAAUUGCUAACAAUGAGUUUUAUUACUGGCUAAAGUUAGACCAAACAGUCCGUUCAUGGCUGUUUGCUACUUUGUCACGUGAUAUACUCGUUGAAGUUCAUACCCUCAAAACUUCAUCUAUUAUAUGGGACCGUCUGGAGUCACGUUUUAUGGCAGCCAGUUUGGCUCGUUCCAUGGAGUUAAAACGAUUAUUUACUAAUAUUAAAAAGAAAGAGAACCAAUCUAUGGAACAAUAUAUGCGUGAAAUACAGAAAAUUGCUGAUGCUCUUGCUACUAUCAAUUCCCCGGUUUCUCUGAAAGACCUUAUAGAACAGACUUUGCUUGGCCUGGGUUCUGAAUAUGAGUCCAUCAUUACAACCUUAUCCUCGUUCCCCGAAGGUCUGACUUUUGAUAAACUACGCGAGUGACUGGUCCAACAGGAGCAAUGAAUUCUCUAUCUUAGAUCCCAAGAAGCUGCCGCCAGCCCCACUGCAUUUGCUGCUCACCCGGCAGCACCUACUGCUCCAGGGCCCGACGCCCGAGGCGGCUUCCAGAAUCACCGCGGCAGAGGGCGACGCGGACAGAGAGGGCGGGGUUCCCGUGGUCGUGGUCGCGGGUACGGCCAGUAUCAGCAGGGGUUUCCAGCUCAGCCUCCUGCCUAUUAUCACUCACGGCCAGGACCAGCGCAAGGGGGAUAUUUUCAGCAGCCAUAUUAUCAGCCUUCUCCACAGCAGCCUUCACAUCCGGGCAGGGCAGGCUCCCCGUUAGUUGAUGGCCAAUUUGGUUCUAUUCCCCCGCCAAUUGUCUGUCAAAUCUGUUAUUCUCCAGGUCACUCUGCUGUUUCGUGUCCCUCUCGUUUCUCCCAGCCCUCAGCUCCAGCACUGGCUGCGCUUAUGAGUGAUUCACAUGACGUUGUCUGAUUUCCAGACUCUGGUGCCUCUGCCCAUAUGACUCCUCAGGAAGGACAAAACAACGGGGGCAAUUCUUCUACAGGCUUCCAGUAGCGGCAGUCUCUGUCCCAUUCGUGUUCCUUCAUCUUCUGUUCUGGCACUUGCUUCUAAUGCGGCACCUGGACCUUUAUGGCACCGCCGGUUGGGGCAUUGUGGCACUCGUGUUUUAGAUAGUCUUAGAAAGUCUGGUCAGCUUUGUAGUCUUUCAUCUUUUAAUCAUGAUUGUACCUCGUGUCGAUUGGGUAAAUCUCACAGAUUACCUUUUCAAGAUGUUUUUCAUUGUUCAAAAACACCAUUAUUUUUAAUUCAUUCAGACGUCUGGCAAUCUCAUGUGUUGUCUCAUGAUGGUUUUAAAUAUUAUGUCUCG